GUGAGCAAGCUGUAUGAGAAACAGUGGCGAAUAUGUGGCCGGGGUGGAGUGCCCGCAGGCUUAGCUCGUGAGAUCGUAAGAAGAGAUCAAGCAGCCUGCUCGCGAUCGAUAAUAGCAGGAGGGACGGCCCGAGUGAAGGGCAGAUCGAUAUUCAGUCUAAUUGGGAAGCAGUGAAGUGAUUCGAUUGUGGAAUAAAAUAUUGUAUUAUAAGUGUAGAGUUGAGGAAAAACAAUCGCCAAGAUAACUUAAUAAGGUGAAGGUCCAUGCGUCAUGAAUAAAUGACCGAGGAGGCUCGCACUGUGCGCUAAAGUGGUCUGCCAAUCUGCCCGAUCGUUGAGUGUCGAAUGUUGCUGAUUCCUAAAUCAUUCAAGGCUGGAUUAAAUCAUGUGCAGCUAGAGUCAGCUGAUGAAAGGGACUCUUUCAAUGUGAAACUUUAUGGAACAUGGCUGCGCCCAGUCCGGGCAAUUGCUUAAUCCUCCUUUUCCUCGUCCUCAUUCUUUAUACCGGUUAUGCAUUCAGGAUACGCGAUGUUCCUGCGUCCUCGAAUCCCGAACGGCCCACCAGUUGCCUCGGACAUGCCAAGUGUCCCGUCGAUAGACCAACCACUGAUCCGUCACCCGCAGACUCAGCUGGGACGCGCAGCCGUCACGUUGACGCCACUCGAGGACGAAUCACCAACAAAAUAACUACCAGGCAUCAACCAUCUGCCGUUAACGAUGACUCGAGCCCAGAGAUUCUUCAAGAUAACAGAGUUAAAGGGAAAGCUGCGUCGUCCCCUUCCUCGGGAAAGCUCGACAAAUGGCCAGGCAGAACGGUCCGAUUAGGUCGCCCUUUAAGCAAGCUGCCCCGAGAAGACGAUGACGAUGAUGUUAGCGUCAGUGAGAAAGAUGAGGAUGAUGACGAGGCCGAUGACGUUGAAGACAUUGACGCUGAUGAAGAUGAUGACUCGGUUGACGGGACUGACGAUGAUGCUGGCAGCGAGGAAGAUAGUACAGAAGUCAUUGACGCUGAUGCCGACGACGAUGACGAUGACGUUGAAGACGACGAUGACGGAGAUCAUGACGAAGAUGACGAAGGUGAAGAUGAUGAAGAUGAUGAUGCUGAAGAUGACGAUGAUGACGACGAUGACGAAAAUGACAGCGAUAAGGACGAAAAAGUAUCGGAAGAGAUAUCAGAUAAUGUGGAUGGCGAGGAUGCAGAUAGUGAAGAAGAAGAACGCGACGUGGACAUCAGUGACGAUGAAAACGACGUGAAAAUCGAGAAACCAGAAAUUAAAGUAGUUGGGAAGAAAAUGCCAGCUUUAAAAAAACAUCUCAUCGUUGAUGAUCAAAUUUCUACCAUUAAAGAUUCGGCGAAAAGUCCAGAGCUCAGGAAAACGACUCAUGAGAAGCAAAUCAGCUCCAAGGCCAUUGAUAGCAAGGAUGGCCAACGGGAGAGCGAGGAUGAUCGUUCUGUCGUGCGUAAACCAGGAGUCAAAGAUGGCGCAGGAGUGAAAAAAGUGCAUGGUGAACCGAAGAAAAAAAAAGUGAAACAGGAAAGUGAGGAAGACGGCAAUGAAGAUGAUGAUGACGACAGUGAUGACGGUGAAGACGAAGAGGUCGAAAAAGCACCGUCGACACCCGUGCCUAUGAGAAAAUUAGAAAAAGUUCGAUUAGCUGACAAAGAAAAAUCGAAAAUGAUGGAAACUCCGAAACCCGUGGAGCAAGAAAAACCCGUCAAAGCGAGCCCAGCAAACGUAGACGAGGCGAGUACAAAGAAGAAGAAAAAUGCUGAAGCGGUGACCGCGAAACCCGAACCCGAGAAAUCUCAACCUACGACUCCAACGAAGCCGGAAACGAAAGCGAAGGCGGAUGCUCCUUUGAAAACCUCGAAGAUCGUGCCUUCGAAUGUGAAAUCCGAGACACCGAAGAAAUCGAAGACGACGACGACGAUAACGACGACGAAGGAAGAGGUCAAACCGAAAAUCGGUAAAGCCGACGAAUCUAUUGUCGUUAACGAACCAAAAAAAUCAAGUGCCAAAAAAAGUGGCGCUGACGGCCGAUCGGACAGGAAAAGUUCGAACGCCAAGAAGCCAGUAGAAGCCCCGAUAUCCUUGACCCAGCUCAAUAAUGCCAUACUACAAGUGCCGACCUUCGUGCCAAAUUUCACGGCCGUCGAGGAUCCGGCUUGUCAACAACACGGGAAAAUAUUUCUUCGCCAGCUGCGUGGCUACAAAUUAUGGGCACUUCAAAUGCUUGAUUCGAGCGCCAAGAUACCCUCCGGUUUGCUGCGCGGUAACAUCAAUCAGUUGGGUGACUUUGAUCAGUGUUUGGGUGUGUCAGCUCGUGUGAAAGUGGACGAGAAAACGGUAAAAGUUCAGGGCAAGUAUUGCCUCGCGACGCUGGACUUACACGCUUUGAUUCCGGACAUGAAAGUUCCCGUCAACUUUAUGCAGAGUCGAGGAUUUAUUCGUGCCAGUAUGCGCGACUCAGGACAUUUCAUACCGAGAUUUACAACCGCCAACUGGGCACUGUGCAUUCCGGCGGCCUGUUCAGCGAAAGAUGCUCAAAUCGCUAUUGAGAGUGCCCUAAGUCACAUCAAUUCGACCGCUGGAUUAAGAUUCAGUAUUGAUGUUGAUCCGGACAUGUGUUACGUCCGUCAAAAAUACGAAACCUAUACGAAAGAAACAAUUGGUGUACUAUACUUUUAUGCGAUGAUUAUUUGUGUCGUACUCGUUGCUACUAUCCGAGAUUACAUCGUUUGUCCACAAGGAAAAGGCAGUUAUUCGGAAAGGAUAAUAAUGUCCUUUUCUCUGAGAAGGACAUGGAAAAUAUUGACAAAGAUCGAGAGCGAUAAUAGCGGUGAAAUAAGUUGCGUUCAUGGAAUAAGAUCGUUAGCGACUAUCGCACUUUACGUGGCUCAUAAAAUGAUACCGACGUCACAGAUCCCUUACGCUAAUCGGAUUUUCCUGACUGAGAUCGCGAAUAAUCCGGCGAGUUCGUUACUGAGAACUUCUCUGGCUUACACGGAUUGCUUCCUGCUUCUCAGUGGACUCCUAACUGCCUUCAAUAUGGCACGUGAGUCGGCUAAGAAGGGCGAAAUUCGUUGGUUCUGUCGACUCGUAGGAAGAUUCAUUAGACUCACUCCCUCACUGCUGGUGAUGGUCUUUUGGUACGCAUACGUCAUGGAACACAUAGGAACUGGUCCUCAAUGGCAUCGCGUUAUUGGUACAAACGCCGAGCUAUGCAAACAAAAUUCGUGGACUAAUUUUUUGUACAUACAAAAUUUUUUUCCUUUCGAAGAAAUGUGCGCAACUCAUACUCAUCAGUUGGCCUUAGACAUGCAGCUCUCGUUGAUAGCACCGAUGCUCGUUUUUUUCCUGAGCUUGAAACCCGUUAUAGGAGUUCUCGUGAUAUUUUUUAUCCUUCAAGUUUCAGCGACGGUGCGUUAUUUUGCCACGACCAGUAAUAAUCUCUCGCUCGUCAUAUAUCAUGGAAUGACAAUGAAGCAACUCUAUAAAACAGCAAAUUUGACCUACGCCCUGCCACUGCAUCGAGCAACUCCAUACGUUUUUGGCGCUGGAUUAGGCGUUCUACUGCAUUAUACUGGAAAAAACGUUCGAAUAUAUCGAAUUUUCGUAUUAUUAGGGUGGUUGAUAGCAAUGGCUCUGGGGGCGUGGACUUUGUUCUCACCUUGGCACAUGGCUAGGAGAGAUUACGUGUACGAUGUUGAGGAAGCAGCUCAUUAUGCUGUAAUAGCUCCCGUCGCCUGGUCGAUUGCAUUGUGCUGGACAAUAUUUGCCUGUUUCACUGAACACGGAGGUAUAAUCAACAAGAUUCUUUCGAGUUCCUGGAUGAUUUUAUUCAGCCGCAUAUCAUACGCUGUGUAUCUCUGUCAAUUCGCAAUAUUUUUCUACAACGUCGGAACGACGAGAUACUCGAGCGAUGUCCAAUUUCAUAGAUUUAUUGAUCCAUACGAGGCGAUUUCGGUGGCUCUAGUGUCCGUAGUUCUUACAUUACUAAUUGACAUUCCGAUGCAGGAAGUUAAGAACGUGAUGAUGGAGAGUACCGAUCGUUUAGGGGCGCCGAUCGGCGGUGAGACGUUGGAGGUCGAGGAGAAGGAAAACGUUGAGGAGGACAAGAUGGCUCCGGUUUCGACGGAUAAGGGCCAAGAAAAAGAGGAAUUAGAGGAAGAGAAAGAAGACCAUGAGUCAUGGGAUCGUCAAGAUGACGCGAUCGACGGACUGACGAGGCUCGAGGAAACAGGGGAAGAAGAGUACAUGGAAAGAUGGCGACCUAGAAGGAGAAGCCGGGGACAAGAAGCGUAUGUGAGAAGCGAAAGGUACGAGGAUGAAGAAGAGGUGGAUGAAGACCUCGAGGAUGAGGAGGAGGAAGAGGAGCGACCAACGGAAUGGAGUUGGGUGAGAGACCCUCGGAAUAGGACUGCUGCGGAGGAUGAUGGCCUCUUGGAGCACGGAAGAAGUCGCAGCAGCCAGCGAGAAUCUUACAUCGAACAGGGUCAGAGGGAAGAUGAUCGUAGACGAGACAGGCGUUCUCAAUCGCGGCAAGGAGACCGGAUAGCUACGGAAUCACCAAGAAGUUCCCUCAGAAGAGAACGUUCAACCUCCAGAGCCUCUGAGGCCAGGACCCGAUAUGCAGAAGCUGACGAUUCAUCUGCCAGCAAACGAGCCAUCAGACCAGAGUCUCGGGGUAGUUCAGCAAGCCGAGAUCAAGACCGACCCACGACGCCAUCUUGGGCACCCUCCAGGCGAGAGCGGUCGUCAUCGAGGGCAUCGGAAAGCCGGCCUCCUUCGAGAUCUAGUUUCACGGGAAGGGAACCCGAUCGGACGGCUUCCUGGGAAUCCUCGCGACACGAGCGAUCACCCUCGAGAGCCCCGAUGACCCCGCGCCGGGAAGCCAGUCGACAAGCCUCGUCGGAAAGUGAAGAAGAGCUUUCUCAAGCACCUCGAGUCCCAGUGAAAACGACUCGAAAACCAGUUACCGUCGAGCCCAAAGUUAGUGACGAGGAAGAUUGGGAAGCUGAACUGAGGAUAAGACGCAAGAUGUUGAUGGAACGACUGGCUUCGGAAGAUCCUGAUUCGAGACUCGACGAAGGUAACGAUGGUUGGAACUCUAUCAAACGACGCUCCUCGGCUGAAGGGAAAAUUGCCCUGCUCAAGGAACCGACCGGAUCGAACGUCAUGGAUUCCUGGACGGUCAGCCGGGGACCUAGGGUUUCACUUUUAGGCUCUUCCCAGGAAACCGAGGAUGAUAUUUCUGGCUCCCAGUCGCAACGGGACUCCCUCCAACGGGAAGAGUCUCUUAAAGAAGAUGACAGAAGUGACGAGGGUAGCAGCCUUGAGCAGUCGAGAAGGCGUUCUUAUACCAGUGGCAGUCAAGUUACUUCCCUCGAAGAGGAGGAAGAUAUUGCCAACAAUGACUUCGUCCUCAAUAAAGACAGCAAGCGAAUAACCAUCAUGGAUCUAAGCAAAUUGUCCCAGCAGGAGGAAUCUCCAUCAGGACUUGUUUCUGAGGUCGUCCUCACAGAAGAACAGGAGGAAGAAGGUCACCGACCUAUCAUGGCAACCCUUAAGCUCUUCAAACGAGAGUCCAUCGUCAAAAGUCAAGCCAGCGAGGAAGAUCCGGAGUACCUCCUGCCAGAAAGGCCCAAAUUGCAGGAACAAGAUCAGGAUCAUCCUUUCAAAAAAGCAUGGCAACUGCAAAAGUCCCGCUCCGAAGAGGAUCCACAACCUUACGCCCUCAAAGAGGUCAAAACUGCUCCAGACAACUCGAGAAAUCGAACCACGAUUAAAGAAAAUAAAGACAAAAACGACUCCGAAGAAUCCGAGCCGGCUAAUAGUUCGAGCGGCCCCCAAUCCACAUUGACCGAGUGUCAUCCUGACGACGAUGAUCUUCCGAUUCUUAGUAAAAGCUUUGACCUUGAUGAGCCAAGCUCAACCUCCAAAUCAAUAUCCGAGGAUUCUUCCAAGAUCGAAUGGCCCAGUGAGGACGAACAAUUCAACAGCUACAAGCUUCGAAAAAAGCGCCUUCCUGAUGAGGGCAAUUGCGAAUGGGAACUCGAGGAGACCUGAACUUCGAGAUUUAUUUUAUCACUUGUCAUUUUAUUGUUACAUAAAUUAAUAAAUUAUUCAAUGAUUGUA